AUCGCGGCGAUGGCGGCGCGGCCCCCCCGGCCCGAGCGGCGCCCGGAACCGGAACCGGGACCGCCCCCAGCGCAGGCCCCGCCGCCGGGCUGCCCGCAGCGCCGCCGCUCCGCUGCCCGCGCCGCCGAGCCGGUGCUCCCGCGGGGGCAGCGCAGCGGGGCCGCUCCCCCCGGGGCUCUCGCCUCUCUCGGGGCGGCGGCGCGGGCGGCGGGGAGCGUUCCGCUCAGGCAGCGCGCGGGGCAGCCCAGGGGGCGCGGCCACGGGCGGGGCGGCUGCGAGAGGACCCCGGGUGACGGCGGCGGCGGCGCGACGGGAGCGGCGGUGAGCGGGACCGGGACCGGGAAAGGGACCGGGAUCAGGGACAGGGACCGGGACCCCCACAGGAAUCGGAACCAGGACCUGCGGCCUCCCCUCAGCCCCGGGUUCCGCUGUGGGGCUGUCGGGGCCGGGCCGGCGGCCUCUGUGUCACCGGGGUCUGGCCGGAGUUGUCAGCUCGAGGAGUGAAGGAGUGGCUGCCGCGCUUUACUGAGGAGAAAAACCGACUCAUCGUGCGGCAGUCACAGGGCUUUACACGAGC